AUGGAAGAAGAAAACGAAUACGACAAACUCUUGUCAGAGCUAGAUGACAUCGAAAGCUCUCCCAUCCGCCCAUGGAAGACAAUCAACAACACCCCGAAACAUCAGGCUCCUCCCGCUCCCUCCGCUCCCUCCGCUCCCUCCGCUCCUCCCGCUCCUGCCGUCCCUUCCGUCCUGUUGAAGGCGCCUGCACCUCCCAAGAGGGAGGCGAGCUGGGAUCAAAGUGACGUAGGCGACGAGAUUGAAGAUCUCCUCGGCGAGCUCGACCACAUCGCCGCCAACAAGGUCCAGCAGGCAUGCGCGUCAGCACCCGCGCCUGCCACGAACCUGCCGUUCAGAUGCAAGUUGGUGUGUAUGGGAGCUGCAGAGGAACAGGGGUUGAGACCGCAGAUGGAGGACAAGCAUGUCCUCGUGCCUGACUUCUAUCCCAAGUCGAUCGAAGAGAAGCUCUCAGGAGCGAGAGCUUUCUGUGCUGUUUUUGAUGGGCAUAGCGGAUCGCAGAUCUCUGACUACGCAGCUGGAAGGAUGCCGGCGCUGCUUGCGCUGGAAGCAUGGUAUCGCAGCCCUCUCACUCCUGACACCCAGGUGCAUCAAGUGACUGCGAGUUUAGAGCUGCUCACGCUAAGAACAGGCAGUGAAGAAGUCUUUGAUAAACGCGUUCGAGAAACUAGAUUCAGAGAUCAUGUCGUUAACGAUGGAAGGAAGUCUGAGCGGAGGCAUGUGAGCCUGUCGCUCCUAUGGCUGCUGAUUCUUCUUGUUGCAGGUUCGACGGCCAAUGUUGCCCUCCUGCUGGGAGACGUUCUUCACGUCGCCAACCUGGGGGAUAGUCGAGCAGUUCUUUGCCGCAAUGGCUUCGCACAGGCGCUCUCAGAGGAUCACAAGCCCGACCUUCCGUCAGAGAAAGCUCGCAUCGAGAGCUUGGAUGGCAGAGUGGAAUGGCGAGGAUGCUGGAGGGUAAUAGGCGGCAGCGGCAUCGCAGCAUUUCGCGGGCUUGCGGUAUCAAGAGCUCUCGGCGAUGUCCCGUGGAAGGUCCCCGUCUCCUACGUUGAAGGGACUCCAGACGUGACGAGCACGAAGCUGACCGCUGAUGACGAGUUCCUCAUCAUCGGAUGCGACGGGGUCUGGGAUGUUCUCAACAACCAGGAGGCGGUCGACCUUGCGCGUCCAUGCAGGAGGAGGCGGGUCAUGAUCAACGAGCAGGCGUUGGAGCGGGGAUCCAAAGACAACGUGACAGUAGCAGUGAUGAUCUUUUUUCAAUGCUGA